AUGACUUAUCAAGAAAUAGCUAAAUAUGUGCUGCCAGGUUCUCCAGAUUGGUUCAUGUCAAAUGUAUUGGCAACAACUUCGUGGGAAAACUUGGACGAUGGAAGAAAUGCCUUAGUAGCUUUUUCUUCUCGACCGUAUGUACAUAUAUUCUGUAUUAAAAAUGAAGUUCACUCCGGUGAUAAACAUAAAUACUCCUGGUCUUAUGUUGGCCAACUCCAACCCCACCACGAGAAGACGUCAGCCAUCACAUUUGACGUCUGUCUAUCUUUAAGCUUGGUUUCAUGUGGUCUUGAUGGUUUGGUUCGUCGCUGGAAAUAUUCACGCCCAGAUUGGGUGCUUGAAAGUGAGUUCAACGUGCAUGGCGUACGAGGAAACGUUAAUCCGACUGCGUUGAGUUCCUUUUCUCACCCUUCAAACCAGUCGUAUAACUUUGUGGGCACAGAUAAGGGGUUACUUAUCGUUUGGAUCGUUGACGGUGAAAAAAUAGGACACAUUAUUUGUCCAAAAAAUAUGAAAACGACUCCGUACUGGUCUGUGCAUUGGAGAAAUCAGGACUUGAUUAUUCAAUUUUAA